AUGGGGGAUUGGAAUUUAUUGGGUGGCAUCCUAGAGGAAGCUCACUCCCACUCAACCAUGGUGGGGAAAAUCUGGCUGACCAUCCUCUUCGUUUUCCGGAUGUUGAUACUAGGUGUAGUUGCUGAAGAUGUCUGGGAUGAUGAACAGUCAGCAUUUGCCUGCAACACCCAGCAGCCAGGUUGCAACACUGUCUGUUAUGAUGAUGCUUUCCCUAUCUCUUUGGUCAGGUUCUGGGUUUUACAGAUCAUCUUUGUGUCUUCUCCCUCUCUGGUAUAUAUGGGCCAUGCACUUUAUAGCCUCAGGGCCUUUGAAAAGGAGAGGCAGAGGAAAAAGUCAGAGCUUAGAGCCCAGAUGGAGAAUCCAGAGCUUGAAUUGGAGGAGCAGCAAAACAUAGAUAGAGAACUGAGGACGUUGGAGGAGCAGAAGAAGAUCCAAAAAGUCCCUCUGAAAGGAUGUCUUCUGCGUACUUAUGUCUUACACAUCUUGACCAGAUCUGUGCUGGAAGUAGGGUUCAUGAUAGGCCAAUAUAUGCUCUAUGGGUUUCAAAUGCACCCCCUUUACAAAUGUACUCAACCUCCUUGCCCCAAUGCAGUGGAUUGCUUUGUGUCCAGGCCCACAGAGAAGACCAUUUUCAUGCUCUUUAUGCACAGCAUUGCAGCCAUCUCUUUGUUCCUCAGCGUACUGGAAAUAUUUCAUCUGGGGGUCAGGAAAAUCAUGAGGGCACUUUAUGACAAAUCCAGCAGUGAGGGCAUUGAGGACGAAAGGGGACCUCCAUUUCAUUUGAAAAGAUAUUCAGCGGCCCAGCAGUGUAUGAAUUGCUCUCCCUUCCCUGAAGGAGUCUCUCUACUUCAAGCCAGCAAUCAACAGCAAGUCUUCCGAGUCAAUGUGCCGAAUUCUAAAACCAGGUGGCAAAUCCCACAGCCCAGGCAACUUGAGGUAGACCCCUGCUGUAGUAAGAAAGACUGGGCUAAGGUGGAUCAGCACAGAGGACAGCUCCAUGUCCACAGCCCGUGUCCCUGGGAUGAUGGUGCUAGAAUUCAGCACUCGGCACAGCAACCAGACCGUUCUUCCUUUGGCUUGCACACUACAACGCCCCAGUCCUGCCUAGGUACCACGAUGGCUCCUAGACAUUGUCCAUCAUGUACAACAGGACCCUGGGAGCAGUCCCAGGACCUGCAACCCUCAGGGGAGCCUCUCACAGAUUUCAGUCACUGCAGACACAGCGAUGGCAGCAUGAGAGAGAGCAGAGUCCAGACAGACAGAUCUUGCAUGGGCAGUCGCAAGGCCAGCUUUCUGUCCAGAUUGCUGUCUGAAAAGGGACAGCUGUACAGUGACUCAGUAAGCUCCAGUUCUCAAAAUAGCUCUUGCCUGGACUUACCGUACCAGGAAAACAGCCCCUCACUUCUGCCUUCAGCCACUGGGCACAGAACAUCAAUGGUAAGUAAGGACAGACAGCCUGACAUCAUGGAACUUUCACAAGAGGUGUUCCACUUUGGUUACUUCUUAGUUCUGUUUCCUCCUUCUUUGUGUGUAUAUGUGUGUGUUGAGAGAGAGGGAAAGGAGGAGAGAGAGGUUAAUUUAUGGAGAGUUAAAUUCAUUCAUUUAACACAUUCAGUUGAAUUUAAUUCGUAAAAUAAACUUAUUGAA